AUGUAUCAACCGCGUCCCUUCACGGGCGUGAACCGCGCUCGCGCAGCGGCGGCGGCGGCCUCCCCCAACCCCUCGGGGUCCUCUUCCACUUCGACAGGGCGCGUCGUCCGCAUGCCGAUCGCGGCGCCGUAUGCCCAGCAGCCUGCGCCGCUGCUGGCGUCUGGUGAAAAGCCCACAGUUUCGGGUUCGGCUGCAGCAGUUGGGAGCGUCAUUGCAGACACGGCGGACUUCCCGGUUCUUGCCAAUCCCCUGCGUGGCGCGCCUUCGCAUCACUCCGCCCCUGCAGACUCUGGGUCCUCGCCAUCAUCUCAGAAAGGACAGCGGCGGGGCGGCCAGUCCAGCUCCGCGACAGAUGCCUCCGCGCCGGCAAAUCCCUGGCAGCAACGAUCAGGCACCGCCGCGCAGCCCUCUCGUCAGCAUCCAUCCAGUUCGGGGACGCCUGUGUCGAGUCUCGCGGGCUUCUUCCCGGGCGCGCAAUCGCGCCAGCCUGCCGCCGUCGACGCGCACACAGCCAUGCAGCGAAAUCUGCAGCGGAUGCAGCUGCCGCCAGCGCCAAGCUCGCGCAGCGGCGGGGGGAGCAGCGCAGCGGGCGGCAGCGGGUCUGCCAGCGGGCGGGGGGCUGGUGCGUGGGGCGCGUCGGCUGGAGCCGGCGAAUCAGCCAAGUCCCUCGACGCCGCGGGGGGCGGCGCAGGCGAGGGGGGCUCUGAGCGCUCGGCGGCCUCCGGCCCCGCCAGCUGGUCGUCCGCGGGCCCUUGCGGGGGCGGGGCCUUUGCGGGCUCGUCGCCCACCUCGGGCGGCAGCCACCGUAAUAGUUUGGGCUCCAGCGGGGCGGUCGCGGGUGGCCCUGGGGGCGCGGCGGCCGAGUCGUUUGCGCCAGUCCUGCGGGCCGUUUGCGGCGGAAGUGAGGGAGCGGGACGGGCGUCUGCGGGAGCUUUCCCGGGCAACCGACUGCCGGGCGAGGGUGCAGCGGUCGCGGCAACUGGCAAAGAAGCGCCGAGCUACGAAAAACUUCCGCUUCUCGCCUUCUGGCAAUCGGCUCGAUCUCUGAACGACGCCGCAGCUGCGCGAACUCUAGCGACCACAGCGCCGGGGCAAGUAACUGAGCAGCAGCAACUUCUCUUCAGGCUCGUUGUGAGAGAGGCUCCUCCACCAGGCGCAGGGACCGGAGGACCUGGCGCAGCGGGCAUGGGACUCGGGGGCCCGCAGUCCGGUGGAGUCGGCGCGGGGCUGGCUUCCGGCGGCGGCCUUCCAGGCCGAGGCCGCAGAGGUGCUGACGGCGAUUGGCAUGCAGGCGACAGUUACGGAGAGCGACAUGACGUGGAGGGAUCCGAGCAUGGACUGCACGCCCAGCUGCAGCCCCCACACCUCACCAGAGGACCGUUCGGGGCAGGCAAACUAACUCAGGAAGAAGCAGGGGCGAGGGGCGGGGGGCGCCUUGGUCUUGGGCUCGCAGCAGCGUUCGGCGUAGGCACCGAGGGGCCCCCAGCGGGACGAGGAAGAGGUAGAGGUGAGCAUCCGUUUGGCGUGGAGGGGUCGGUUCCCGGAGCCUCGUUUCCGACUCGCGGGUCGCUGCCGCCUGGAACUCGCGGGGCAGCGGCGCUGCGCCCAGCGGAUGGGCAGCAGCCCCCGCCUGGCGGGAUGGGUCGCGGCUCGGGUGAGGGCGCGACGGAGUCGACAGCUUUCAGCCAGCGCUGGCGGUUCGCCUCUGAAGGAACUGGCGGGCGCGAUGAAGUGGGAGCGGGCGACGGCCAAGGGAGCUACCGAGGCGCCGGCGCCCAAACCUGGAUGGGAGCAGGGCGCUCAAGAGGACGAGGCUGGGACGCCGGCGCAUCGCGCGGGCGGCCCCCCCCAAGUCGGGGGGGGGGCAGGGGCCCCGCGACCGCGGGCGCCGAGGGACAGCAGCACCCCGCAGGUGAAACUCUCUCGGGAGAGCGACGAGGCACAGGCGGCAGGUUCGGAGCUCUUGCGAGCCCGACGGGGGCCGCAUCUGAGGGAGGCGGUUCGGCGGAUGAAGGCGGCGCCAAGCCUCCGGGGGCGCCUGGCGCCGCAGGCAUCGGCGCACGAGGGGUCGACGAUUUUAGGCGGUGGGGCAUGGCGCGUGCAAGUGGUCAGGGCGGGCGGGGCUCCGGAGCCACGCCGUCGGUGCGGGACCAGCCUCAGGGCCCCGUUCUGGAGAGGUCGACGGGCGGCGAGUCCGCUGAGAAGGGGCGUGACGGCGACUACGGGAGGACAGGAGGCCCGUGGGCAGACGUCUCUGGCCUGGGAGGAAGGAAGAGAGAAGAAGCGAGCGGGCCUCGUUCGGAGAUAGACGCAAGUGGAUACGGAGAGGACGCUGCAGCUGCGGCGUACGGCGCGGCUCGGAGAGGCACCGGCGGCCGGCAGUCUGACGUGGCUGAACCAGGCAGCGGCAUUCUGCACCGCCCUGGAAAUCGAAGCAGCUUCCUCACGGCGAACGAGGACGAUAGCUCUCUUCCCUUCCGCGGCGACGCCGACCGGGGCGUCGGGAGUCGCUCUGGUCCGAGAGCCGGCUCCGGGCUCCUGGGUCAGGCCGCUCAGCGAGGAGCGCCCGAGGCUCAGCUGGCCCCUGGAGUCGUACGGAAGAAGGCCACCGACGAAGAUGACUGGGAACUUAUCAGGAGAGAGCGAUGGGGAGCCGCGGCUGCAGGCGGGUCCGAGACGCGCGAGGACCCCGAAGCAGGCGACACAGGAGGUGCGCGAGAAGAGGCUGAGCCACGGAGCCAGGCUCGGCCUGCGUCGUCGUCGCUGAUGGGCGAUCCGAUGAACCGCCCGCAGCCUCUGCAUGCCCUUUCUGGAAGUCGGGGCCUCGAGCCCCCGCCGGCGCGAGGACAAGCAGGCCUGCUCUCUGUGGGGGAAGGAGCAGGGGCUGCGCGGGGAGCACCGGCUGGCGGCCAGGCUGCUGGCUUUUGGAGCGACGAACCGAUCAUCAAGCGCCGCCACCGUCCGAGCCCGCCUGCGGCUCUAUCGGCAGGCGCCGACGCGCAAAGCGAAGCGUCGGGGGCAGCGAGGCAGGGUGGAGCGCUGACGCCCUCCGUCCAGGGAGGCUCCGGCUCGCGGGUCGUGUCCCCGCGGGCCGGGACUCGACCCGCGCCGAAAAAGCACGGCGGGGCUUAUCCCGUAGCUAUCGCACCCAUGGCGCCCUCUCCGCGGCAGAAGUCUCCUGUGCCUGCGAGCCACACGCCUCGCGGCGAGUCCCCGAGGCCGAAGGCGAGUCGCGAAGGAGGAGGCCUCGUGGGAGGACGGGCCAGUCAGGACCGACAACAUCGGCCGCCUCUGCUUUCACGCGAGCACAGCUUGUCGAGGGACGUCAAGGGAACCGAGGGGGAACCGACCCACUCCUCGAACCCGCAGGAUGAUGCCUUCCACACGCCAGGGAUGCUCACGCCCCCAGGAGCCGGCGUGCGAUUUCCUCGCGGCAGUCAAGCUGCGCCGGACCGUGCUCACCCCUCGGAGGUGGACGCGAUGGGUGCCGUCCCCUCGUACCUCCAGCAUCUCCUUGGUGGCGUUCUGGAAGACGCCCUCGCCAGUUCGUCAACGACGAGUCAGGGUCACGCUCGCGCCCCUAGGCACAGCGCCGGCGGGAGUCGUGACGGGGCGAGCAGCUGCCUCUUACCCUUCCCGGCAGGGAGCUCGGGGGCCAGCGGUGUUGCAGGUUUGCCUGGCCUGUCGGGCGUAGGAGCCGGGAACGGCGGACGCUCGAGCGAGGUCGGCGGUCUGCCGCCGCACGCGGCCGCAGUGUUGAGUGGGGCGGCGGGUGCCCUUCUGGGAGCUCGUCCAGGGGCAGGAACAGGCGUGGCAAGCGGUGGAGGAAACCCGACGCAGUCUCAAGUGCUGGCCGCGCAGAAACACCAACUCCUCCAGCUUCUUCACCGCCGACCGCAGCAGGCGAACGACCGUGCCGAGGGGGCGCUGUCUCUGCUCGGCGCGGCCGCGGCCGCCGCGAGUGCGCGGCAUCCGCGCGUGCAAGCCCAGCCUCACCAGCAGGUCGCGGGGCCUGCGGCGAUGCCGGGGAGAGAGAGAGGCCUGCCGUCUCCAGGGGGCCCGUCGCAGCUCCCUGGAGUGUUUCGCCAGCUGUUGGGUCUCGAGCAGCAGCGCCUGGCCUCGGAGCAGUCCCUUCUGCAGCUGCGUGAAGUCGGUGCAGGCGGUCGCGCAGCGGGCGUCGACCCCUCCUCGCUCAUGCUGGAGGCGAGGAAGCAGCUGGAGGAACAGACGCAGAGAGAGCAUCUUCAGCAAGAUUUUUACGGUUCGCACCAUGGCCUGGGACAUUCCGCAGCGGCAGGGGGACCCAUGAUGGGCGGGCCGGGAGCGGGGCUCGUGGGAGGCGUGCAUCAGCAGCUCCGUGGGGCGGGGCUUCAGAGCGAGGCUGCCGCACUGGUCAGUCGAGGCCUGCGCGGAGAAAGGCAGGGGAGAGCUGAACCCGACGCGGUGAACUUCCACGCAGAGAGAGGCGUGUACGGCGUGCAGCAUCCGGGGGACGAGCACGGCGAGCCGCGGCGAGGCCAGAGGGAAGAGCGGAGACUGGAGGGGCCCAAGUUUGCGGAUGACACUCCGAGGUGGUACUACCGAGAUCCCAGUGGAGAGGUUCAAGGUCCUUUCCCGCCGAGCCUGAUGCACCAGUGGUGGCAGCUGGAGUUUUUCCCCCCGCAUUUGAAGAUGCGCUGCGACCUGAGUCAUCCGUGGCUGGCCUUCGGCGACCUCUACCCGCUGGGUGGCGACGAGCCCUUCACGACGCUGCCGUCGCCCCAGCGUCUCGCAAGGCUGCACCACCAGCAGCUCGAGCAAGAGAUGCUUCAGCAUCAGCGCCGCCUUCGAGAGGAGCAGGAGAGACAGCAGGAGCAGCAGAGCUUCCUGCCGGCCCAGUCCUCUGCGGCGGCGCAGCUGCACCCGACCAGUAGAGCUAGCGAGUGCGUCGCAGUUCACCCCGGGGAGCCAGUUGAGCACGCCAGGCAAGCCGACCGAGGCGCAGCGCCUGGCAGCGAAGGAGGCGCCUGGACCAGGGCGGCGCACGGAGUCGCAGGCGAGACCAGCUAUGGGGGGGGGGCGGACUCUCACGGACGCGCUGCGGAAGUUGACGCGCAGCGUGCAGGCUUCUGGAAGGGACAGCCUCUGCCCGAGGCGCCGCUUGUCAGCCAGCGGCUGCCUGCCGCUGGGGUGUCCCCCCAGUCGGCGGCUUUCGACGCGCGUGGAGGCCGCGUUGAGCCCGCGCUAGAAGAGAGUGCUUUGGGAAGCGACCCCGGGGGCGUCGGCGAGAGGCCAGGGAACCCCAGUGUGCGAGUGGCGGCCGAGGCGAACGCGGCGCUUGCGCCGGAGGCCCUCCUCCACCGCGAAGGUGGCAGCGGACACACCGCGAACAGCGGCUUGCAAGACGGGGGCGCGAAGACUGCGGUCUUCCCUGUCCAGGGCCAAGCCGUACAUGAGAAGCCGUCUUUCCAGCCUCAGGAGGAGUGGGAGCACCACAGAAGGGCGCCCGCAGAGACCCGCGAGGCUGAGGGCGAUCUGAGGCAAGAAGACGAGGAGAAGGCCUCUCCCAAGGGCGGACUGCCUGAGGAGAAGGGCGCUGGAGCGAAGGCUCGCAGCCAGGAGAAGGCGACGGACGCGGCGACUAAGAGCAAGGAGAAGGCUCAGGAGAAGUUGAAGCCAGAGGCUGCGAGUCAGCGCAGAGCGUCGACCGCAGGGGACGAGGGCGAGUUCCAGCCGGCGCACCGGAAGGGCCAGCAGGCCCAAGGCAAGCAGGGCGGCAAGGCGCAGAAGGGGGACAAGGCGGAAGCCGCGCAGAAAGCUCCGACGCAGCUCAAGGGCGAGGCGCCGGCGCCGAAGGACUCUCAGAGUGCGAAAAAGAAGCAAGGCAAGCAGACAGAGGCGGCGAAGCCGCAGGCGGCAGCGCACUCUCAAGGCACCAAAAACGAGCAGGCAAGCAAGCAACCGCGCGCCUCCGCUGCGGCGCAGGCCUCGGGAGUCGCUGCAGCGGGCAGUUCAAACGCAGCAGCUGAAGCGGCCGCGGGAAAGAAAGUGACCGCCGCCUCUUGGAGCACCAUGGCUGCUGCAGCGGCAGCGCCAAGCGAGAGCCUGAAGGACGUCAUGCAGGCUGAACAAAAGAAAGCCGAGCAGGUGAAGAAGCAGAAAGAAGAGGAAGCUAGGCAAAAGGCGGCCGCCAGCGCCGCGGCGGCGGCAGCGGUCGCUCCGUCUCGCAAGACUGGCUGGGCCGUGUCACCGCCGUCGCCGACGGGGGACGCCUUGCCGUCUGCCGCGCUGGCCCUCGCGAGCGACGCCGCGGACUUCCCAGAUCUGCAGAUCGCGAUCUCUGAGGGCGGGGUGGCGCCGAGUGCCCCGAAGAAGCCAGGGGGGGGCGCUGGCAAGCCUCGCGGCGGAGGCGAGCGCGGCACCACGAAGAGUCUGCAGGAGUUCGUCGCCGUCGUGUCCGCGCAGAAGCGCGAGCAGCAGCAGAGCGUGUGGGGCCAGCAGUUGCCGUCUGUGGCGGCGCCCGUGGCCUCGAUCCUUCCCGGCGCUGCCGCCCCCGCCGGCAGCCAGCGCGCCUCAGGUGCCGCGCCCGCGGCGCUGCCCGCGGGCGCAGAGAAGACGAAGGGCGAAGCGGCCGCUGAAGGGGCGAGGCGAGCGAGCGGAGAAAGCUAUCCAACUGCAGAGGCGACCGCUGCGGUCGGUGGUUGGUCGGCGGGCGACAACGAGCUUGCAGGAGGAGGGAAGGCGAAGCAGCAGAAGGAGAAGGAUAACGUUGCCGCAGGCAAGGAGACUCGCGCGACUGAAGUGAUGCCGGAGCGGUAUAAGGAGCAAGUCGAGGAGUGGAAGAUGCUGAUGGAGCAGACGAAGCUUCAGCUGGAUCUCUCUGUCAUCGAGUAUCUGGCGACUUUCACGUCGGAGGGCGAAAUCGUCGACUUCUUGGCGCCCAACGUCGAGGACGGCAGCCAGUUGGAGACUUUCGCUCGGCAGCUCCUUUCCAUCAACACGCACUUCAGCACGACGAGACCCCACGGCAAGAAAGGCCACGGCGGAGGCCACGGAAGCGCUGCGAACGACGACGAUGAAAACCGCGUCCCAGGCGCAGCGCCGCGCAAGUCGCAGGGAGUAGGAGAUGGCGCGAGCGCGGGGAGAGGCGGCAGCGGCUCGGGAGGCGGUCGCGGAGGAAAGAAGAAGAAGGUGCAAGGCAAGACUGUCGACCCUUCGAUGCUGGGGUUCUCGGUGCGCAGCAACCGAAUUCUCCAGGGGACGAUUGACCGCGGCACGGACUAG